AUUUUCUUAGUUUUCAGAGCUUAGUAAAGGAAUAGAACAGUUCCUCGGAGAAUAAGUUGAUCUAUCCUCUAACGAUUUUUACAUAGAAAGAGAAAUUUAGCAUCCAUAUGGUUUCUUUUGUAGCGCCGAACAUAUAUUCUCCCGAAACGGAGUUCAGCUGCUCUUGUCAUGCACUAACGAUACCUAAAUCAGACCGAUUCCAAUGUGGCGACGAUGGUGUACCAGGACCAGGCACCUAUUGGAUUCACCCAACUUAUGAUCGAGCCAUAUACAAAGCGUUCACAACACAUAACCUAAAACUGAAGGAAGAUGUCAUGAAGCAGAAGAUUAAGAAACAUCCGAACGAGACUUUCAAAAAGUGGUGCACAAGCUUAAGCAAACCCAAAAAGAUGCUGUGGUUCGUGGAGAAUGAAUUAAAGCAAAAUUUCUCAUUAUGAACUACGUGAACAAAUAUGUGUAUCCUCUCAAAGUAUACAUACAUAGUUGAUAAAGUCUCAUAUAUCUUUUGUAGGAAUAGAAAAGCCUUGUUAUUUCCUA